ACCUUUUCAAGCCCAUCAUAUCUGAACCUCAAGCUUCGAGACACUGGCCAGCGAUGUAUGGAAUCCAAAUGAUAGGGGGCAUAUCGGUCUUGCCUCUACUUGCAGCUGGGUUACCUACAGCUCAGGUAGCACAUGCAGACAAAGUGGCCGUCGAUCUGAACGCCUUCCGCUUUGUUUCUAAUACUGACUAUGUCAAUUCACUUGCUGUGACGACGGAAAACCUGACAGUCGCCGCAUACGAAGGAGAUUAUACCGAGACGGCAGCUCGACUAGUUCAAGAAAUUGCUCCUGGGGCAACCUUUCGUCUCGUCGAUGAUCAUUAUAUUGGCGACAACGGGAUUGCUCAUGUAUAUUUCCGUCAGACGGUUCAUGAUAUAGACAUUGACAAUGCGGAUUUCAACGUCAACAUCGGGAAAGACGGAAAGGUCUUCUCAUUUGGCAAUUCUUUCUUUACAGGAGUCUUGCCUCAGACCAACCCAUUGGGCGAUCACAAGUUCUCAGCUCCAGUGGCUGCUCUCAGAGGAGCAAAAGACGCUUUGCGGCUUCCGGUAGCUAUCAGCAACGUUUCCACAGAGGCUACUGACGAGCAGAAUUCCUACGUUUUCAGAGACACAUCAGGCGCAGUAUCCGAUCCAAUGGCGAAAUUGGUGUAUUUUGUCAAGCCUGAUGGGAGCCUCGCACUCACAUGGAGAAUAGAAACGGACGUCGACGAGCAUUGGUUCUUGACGUAUAUAGAUGCAGAGACUACCAGUGAGGUCCACGGUGUUAUCGACUACGUGGCCGAGGCAACAUAUCAACUGACAAGACACAUUCCCUGGGGCGUAACCGAUCCGACAGAUGGAAAUCGCACCAUUAUCACCGAUCCCUGGGACCUAGCUACUUCGCAAUUCACCUGGAUCGGCGAUGGAUGGAGGCAAUACACCACCACUAAAGGAAACAAUGCUAUCGCGCAGUGGAAUCCCAGCGGCGGCAGUUCCUACCUAUUCAACUAUCGCCCGUCCGAUGCCAAACUAAACUUCCAAUGGCCGUACUCAAUCAACAUGACCCAGCCAUCGUCGUACAUAAACGCCUCCAUCGUUCAGCUGUUCUACACAGUAAACACCUACCACGACCUCCUAUACACACUAGGCUUCACCGAAACAGCCGGAAACUUCGAAUACAACAACGGCAAUCAUGGCGGUCGAGGCCGAGACUACGUGAUCCUCAAUGCGCAGGAUGGCUCUGGGGUCAACAACGCGAACUUUGCAACUCCCCCGGACGGUAUCCCCGGCCGCAUGCGCAUGUACAUAUGGACCGAAGCCAAUUGGCCCCGCGACGGAAGUUUCGAAGCCGCCAUUGUCAUCCAUGAAUAUACCCACGGCUUAUCUACACGCCUCACCGGCGGACCCUACAACUCCGGCUGCCUCAACUCCAUGGAAUCAGGCGGCAUGGGCGAAGGCUGGGGCGACUUCAUGGGCCUAGCGAUCCGGCUCAAGCCCGACGACACGCGCGAGACAUCCUACACCGUGGGUGCGUGGUCCGCCAACGACGACGACGGCGUUCGCCUCUACCCAUACUCCACCUCCCUCACGGAAAACCCCCUCACCUAUAGCACCGUGAACUACCUCGACGGCGUCCACGACAUCGGCACCGUCUGGGCCACGAUGUUGUACGAAGUAAUGUGGAACCUGAUCGACAAACACGGGAAGAAUGAUGGUCCUAAACCGGAGUUGCGUAACGGCGUGCCCACGGAUGGGAAAUAUCUGUCCAUGAAGCUGGUGAUGGAUGGGAUGGCAUUACAACCAUGUAACCCGAAUUUCAUCCAAGCUCGGGACGCUAUCCUAGAUGCUGAUGUUGCUUUAACGGGGGGAAAGAAUAAAUGUGAGAUAUGGACGGGAUUCGCGAAGCGGAGGUUAGGAUUUGGGGCUGUUUAUCAUCGGUCUCGUCGGAUUGGGAGUACGGAUAUUCCAGUUGGUGUUUGUUAGGUUUUUAGGAUUGGAGGUUGCGGAUGAGUUGGUUCAGAGUGGAGUGGUGAUUACAUGGAGGACUGACUAGCUUAUUACAAGUAUCUAAAAUGG